AUGCCGCAGGAAGUCAAGCAGCGGUCCGGCAUCGCCGUUGGCAUCAACGCUGGCCACGUACGUUAUCAUCAACCCCCCGAGCGUACGAGUGCAAAGAGCAAGGACGUAACAUGAGGGAGAAGAAUCUGGCUAACAGGAUAUUUCCGUCCAACAGAAGGUCACCACUCGCCAGCCCAAGCCGCGUGUCUCGCGCAUGAAGGGACACCUCAGCAAGAGAACUUCUUUCGUCCGGGAUGUCGUCAAGGAGGUCGCUGGGUACGUCCGCCAAAGUUCCUCCCCCGGAGCAAACUUCCACAGGAAGACAGGACAAUUUCAUACUAACACUAUGGCCUGUAGUCUCGCCCCAUACGAGCGCCGUGUUAUCGAACUGCUCCGCAACUCCAAGGACAAGCGCGCACGAAAGCUGGCCAAGAAGAGACUCGGAACCUUCGGCCGUGCGAAGAGAAAGGUCGACGAGAUGACCAAGGUCAUCGCUGAGAGCAGGAGAGCCGGCCACUAA